AUGCUCUUCAAUAAAUUCGCCUUGUCAGCUCUCUUGUCCAGUUUGGUCCUUGCCGACAACCAAAACAAGGUCAUUCUUAACGAUAUCACUAUUGUUACCGUCACCUAUACUCCUGGCCAACCGAUUUCCACUCCUACUCCAGCAGCGGCAACUUAUUCGGUUUACCAAACUACCAAAACCGUCAACGGUCAAGUCACCACCAUUAACCCACAAAUUGUCCAGCCAAUUACUGAGUAUGUCACUGUGACUGCUUCUGCUGCUGCCUCUUCUAGUGCUGCUGCUACCUCUUCUAGUGCUGCUGCCACCACUUCUUCUUCUGCUGCCAUUGCUGCCACCACUUCCUCUUCUUCUUCUUCUUCUUCUUCUUCUACUACUCCUGUUAUUUCUUCAACUACAUCUUCUACAUCCUCUAGCUCUUCCAGCGCCCCAACUACUGCUGCUAGCACUCAUACCGUCACCGUGACUGACUGGGUAGUCGAAACCAUUUACGCUGUUAGCACCGUUUACGUGUAA